AUGGACAAGGCUGGGGCGGAUGUGUGGGCGGACACCUUCACCCAGCUGAUGGCCCAGAAGAAGCCCCAGGACGUCUGGGUUCUGCACCCUGAGGAGAGCCUGGUCGCAGGGGACCUGGAGGGUGGCGGUCUCCAGUUGCAGCUGAAGGGGCUUUCCAGGCUCCAGUGCAGCCGAUGCCCGUGGACCUGGGGCUCUGCCCACGUGCACACCCUCUUCCACCUGUGGUGGGACGGGGACAGUGGCCAGGGGCUGGUGAGGAUGCGUGUGUGGGGCCAGCAGUGCAGGCUGUGCCCCUGGGACACCCUGGCUGAGUGCCAGGUGAGCCCUGCCAGUGUCCACAUCUUCCUCAGCAAGCUGGUCUUGUUCAUCCUGUGGAAAUGCUAUGGGGACAGCAGCGACCCAGGGCAGUGCCCUGAGAUCGGCCUCGGAGACUGCUGUGAGGCUUGUGAUCUAGGGCUCUGUUUCCUGCAGCAAGUGUCCGACCCUGCCCGGGGGACUGUGGUCAAGAGUAUCAGUGCCAGGAAGAGCAGGCAUGCUGUGAAGGGCUGUGGCUCURCCACAGAGGCCAGUGGUCAGCAGCUGUUCAUCCACAGCAAUGGCCCCACACCUGCCACCGUCCCCCUUCUGGUGGUUGACUUCAGUGAGGACCUGUCCCCUGAGAGUGACGGCUUCCUCAGUGGGGGUGGGGGCACUAUAACCAUCCCUUUCUCCCUUGUAGGUGGCCACUGGAAGGGCUGCCUCCCAACAGCUGGUGGCCACCAGCCACCCAUCAUUGGCCAGGGCUCCAUCUGCCUCUCUGGAAGCUCUGUGGCCGAGUCUGAGCACAAAGGCACCCCUGUGAACCUCAGCGCCCCCAUCUUCCACCGCCGAGGGCUGCCGGGCAGCGUCCAGAGGGCCUUUGCAUCGAGAGGCUUCCUCUUCAAGGGCCAGGGCUUUGUCCUGGUCCCCAGUAGCAGGGCCUUCAGCCCUGGCCCUGUCACUCCUGGGAGAGACCCACCCCUAGUGUCCUAUGUCAUUGGCCUCAUGGCUCAUGGGGAAGGUUCCAUCACUUUCCCCUCGUCCUUGGCCAGUGUCAUCAGAGGCCAGGAUCUUGUCACUGACUUCACCCAGGGCCAAGGGCAGGAAGGCAGGCAGAGCUCUGUCACUCMCAGGGAAAACCACAUUGAGGACCCCACUGUCAGGGCAGAGGGCUCUGUCACCUUCCCCUUCAUUGUUACUGGUGACGCCAGCGAUGAAGACCCUCUUAUUAACAUGGUCGAGGCUGAAGAAGAGCCAGAGGGCCAGGACCUGGUCACUGCUGGCCACACCCUGCUUCUGGAGAGUGGAGCAGCUGGUUCUGCCCCCAUCAGCCAGGGCUCCCUCACCAUCCCCUCCUCAGUCUUUGGUGUCAUAAAGCACAAGGGCCCCAGCUAUAGGGUCAGCGGUCUCCAAAGCAAUGGCUGGGUCACCUACAGCUGUUAUCAGAAGAGACGGCUGAGGUCCAGGCCUGGCAAGUCCAGGUGUGGCACCCACCAGGAGGAGGACUUCUGCUCCCACAGGUGCCCUCGAAGGCAGCGCACUGAGCCCUCGGAGGACUUYUGGGUCUGCCUCUCCUUGACCAUCUGCAUCUUGUGGCUCCUGUGCAUGUACAGGCUGAACCUCGGAGGCCUCUAG